GAACACCCUCUUUUAUGUUAAACCAAUUCGGUAAAACUUUGAAAGAACGAUUAUUUUCCUACUCUCUCAGGUACUGGAAGCACAAUUGUUCAAUAAAACUUUCCUUACUCAGUUCUCAACGGAUUUUCUUCGGCAACAGUCAUGGAGUUCCACGUACGCGUUCGUCCUCUGCAUGACAAAGUUUUCUAAAAAAAAUAGAUAUAAAUGAAAAUCUUUCUUUAAAUUGAGAUCCCGUAAACGUGGAACUCUUCAUCUCUUUUCGUGUGUGAUUCAUAAUCAAAUAUUAAGCAAAAAUAUUGUUUAAAAUUCAUUUAUGUCCAAGAAAUCGCUCUGAAUAUAAUAAGAAAUUAAAGAAAAGUCUAUUCUUCAUCCUUUGACACACUCUUUUAUAUAAAACACCCCAAAAGUCCAACUUUUUUCCACACUCCUGCGUAUGUUUCUUUCUCUUUUCAUUCAAUGACAAAAGUGGAAAACAACAACAAAAACAAGUAACAAAAAAAUCUCUGCAUACAACAAGGAUGUAUCCUGCUAUCUUUUUUCGCAGCUUAAAAUAAUUUCGGGUCAUUGUGCGAAAAAGAUAGAAAAUAAAAUUAUCAUGUCUAAACACUUUGUUUUUAUAUUAGCUGCUUCAAGGUUUUUUGUCAGCAUUUAAUUUAUCAAACAAAUAACACGCAAAUAGUACCUAUGUGAUGUACCUUAAACUAUUGCAACCUUCUAUACUGGUGAAUAGAGGACAAGGUGUUUAAUUCAUUGUUUAGUGAAAUAAGGAAAUUAAAAAGAUCUUUUGUCUUUGAUGUUAGCUGGGCAGCUAGCGCCGUCAACGGCGAAUCAAUGUCCAACGAAUAAUCUUCAAGGAACAUCAAAUUCCCAACGAGGAUACUUUGGAGAUGGGAAAAGUCCACAGGAAAAACCGCAGCAUCAGCAUCAACAACAACGACGGCGAAUGUCGAUGACGACAACGACGACUACACCUAGUAUAAGUGCACCGUCAGCGUCAUCAUCACCCCUAUCAUCGACAACAAUAACGACAUGCAAUUCAACGAUAAAAACGACGACUACACAAGCAACGAGUCCAAAACCACCAGCUGUGGGAGCGGCAACUACACCCUCAACCCGGGAUCAAUAUUACGGAGAAGUAACUUCGCCGAGAAAUCGUAUGAAAUUUGAAGCUGCUGUGGGUAAAACUCAUAGUAAUCGAUGCCAUAGCGAGCAGCGAAAUAGUAACGAUGCUAGUGGACGUUCAGCAGCUCUGGAGCGGGCUUAUGUUCACGAUGUUUAUGAGAAUUGCGAUGAACCGUCUGGCCCGAUUCGUCCGAAAGUAGCGCAAUUUUUAGGAGCUUUGGAUCCCGGAUCUGUAGUUUGUGAUGUUGGCUGUGGGAGUGGACGAUACUUGACGCAAUGCAAUCCAUCGAUUUGUACAAUAGGUAUUGAUCGAUGUCAUCGACUGAGUAAAGUAGCCCGAGAAAAGGGCGGUGAGGUGGCGGUCUGUGAUAACCUUGAACUUCCAUUCCGAGAUGAGUCUUUUGACGCUGUUCUUUCUCUUGCUGUAGUCCAUCAUUUUGCUACAACAGAGCGUCGUGUAGGUGCAAUUCGAGAACUAGCUCGUAUUCUUCGAAUUGGUGGUCGUGUGAUAAUCAGUGUAUGGGCUUUGGAGCAACGCCAAAGACGUUUUGAGUCGCAAGAUGUUCUCAUACCCUGGCAACCCCCUAAGAACCGCAAUCAAUCCUAUUCGGACGAGGAAGAUGAUGACGAUAUUCUACCACCUUACAAUGCUUAUGUGGAGGAGUCAACCAAUUCUAGCCGAUCAGCAGGUGAUGGAGAUAGUUCUAGUUUAUCAUCAUCGUCACCAGGAGAGUCGUGUUACAGCUUUGUAAGGCGAGCAAUACAGAAAUUGGCUGGAAGUAAACGCCAUCCAUGGUUCCUUGAUUCUUGGACUUCAAAGGACACAAAAAACAACAGUAGCUUGGAAUACGAAGAUGCCAAAGAUUUACCAAUAGAACUACGUCGUCUGGAGGAUUUUGAAGAUUUUUGUGAUCCACCUUUAUCUGCGGGAUUAAAGUCUCGUAGCCUUGGCAGCAUUUUGUAUCCACCACCACGACAAAUUGUUCGAUCAAGAUCAAGUGUACCCAGCCUCGGGUCACAAAUGGUAGAGCCCAAGCAAAUUAUUGUUCAAAUAUCUCCAGGGCAAGUUCCAAACAGUACCGCUGUUGAAAUGCCAAACUGUAACAGCAGUAAUCAUUCACCGGGCUCCGGAAGUAAUACAAAUAAUACUGCAUCAGGAACAGUGACAGCUUCUUCAACUCCUCCAUAUUCUGCAACGACACCUAGUCGAAGGCCAAAACUGAUCAAACAAAAACAAUCCCUUUGUGAUGAAGACUAUCAACUGCCAGAUAAUCCAUUUCAUAUGAUAAGUAACUGUAGUAGUAGUAAUAGUCUAAAUAGUAAUAGUCUACAACAACAACAGCAGAAAAAUAUACGAGCCCCUACAUCGGCAAAGUAUCUAACGAAUGCUAAGGUAUUUUUACGGAAGCAGAGUUCUCUGAACGAAGAGCUUAUGGCGGGGAAUCGCAUCCGAGAAAAGGAAAGAGUAAGAAAGCGGAUUCAAAAGCAAAUGUCAUUGAAUGAAGCUUUUCUCUGUCGAUCCGUUUUUUCAAAAAGACUUCAAAUCCUUCGUGAUGGUCUCACAAGCAAAUUGAAAACAUCUACAGGUAGCCUUGAAAGAGUAACAAAAAAUGGCAUUGUCAAGAUUAUGCAAAAUUUCAAAUCUACAACAAACCAAAACACAUCCACCUCCGCAACAACAACCCGACCUUCAACAGUUAAUGAUCAUUAUAACUAUCAUAAUCAUACACACCACUCAGCAGUGCACAAACAAGGUUCUUUUUCAUCAAAUAAUUCUGGUGAGUCAUGUAAUUGUGGCUUAGCGGCUGCAGCCGUAGCUGCUGCCGCACUUACAAAUGGUACUGAGGACCAAUCAAACAAUAAACCAAGACGUUCCUCUCGCGAAUCCGGCUCCGAUUCUUCCAAAGACAGUAGUUUCCAGUCGGAUACAAGCAUUGAGUCUGAGGAUAGUUUUGCUUCCGUCAUCUUCAUUCCAAAGCCAGAGCUUCAAGCACAACAACAAACUCAGCCAAACUCUCAAUUGGCAGCUCAAAAGCAUCAACAACAAAUAUAUCAUCAGCAAAAUUCAAACAGCAGCAGUAGUAAUAGCAGUAGCAGCUGCAAUGGUGCACACAACAGCAAUUGCAACAGCCUAACCCAAAACAACCUUAGCAGCAAUAGUUCGAGGAACCGUAUACCAUCAGUGCCAACAUCUCCACUUAUUAUGCCAUGCCCGCCAACACCAGCACACUCGCCAGCAGCAGCAUACACCGUUGUGACAUCACCUCCUCAAACGACAUCGUCUGUACAAGCGGCAAUGGCUAUGCUUACACCACCCAAACUUGUACAAAAGUACGUCAAAACUAAUAACACAGGAACUAUACAGGAAAAACCUAGAUUUACUUUCGAGGUUGAACACAUUCAGCAGCUAGAAGCCUCUAAAAAUAACUAUGCUAACACAUCCCUGAUAAAUGGACAUGCUAAAUUAACAACCAUUGUGGUUGAUAAACCUGAAUCGAAUACAAAUAAUUCGCCACCACAAUUAGCAACAAAAAUUACACGUCAGACUAUAAAAGAUCUCCCGCCUAUCCCAAAAUUUAGAAAACAGCAGUCUUUACAAAUGCACAAGCCUGGCUAUGCAAUAGUUCGUCGAGCAUCAAUGACCGUACCAACAAUUCCAAAGUUUAUGGCAUUAGAGCUAUUUAAUCCAGCAACUGAUGAUUUGGAUAGUGAUUCAAGUGAACCAUCUUCGCCGGACUCCAUUGACAGUGUAAUAAGCGCACCCAAGUCAGCGCAGCCUGAUGACCUCUCACUAAAGAGUGACAUUAAUAAGUCUGAUUUUCACAUGAAUGGUGACAGUCCCCCAUUAGAAAAUUUUAACUUGGAGGACGAUUCUGUAGGAAGCAUGCCAUAUGCUAAGCCGGUGAAUAAGAUCCGUCCCGCAACACGUCAAGAAUGUGCUGAAUUUGCCGAACAACUCAGUGCUCAACUUUUGCGGGAGCUUGAUGAAAAGAAUCGAUCUGAUAAAAUAGAAUGUAGAAGUUUGGAUGGCAUUGGUGGUGAUAUAGGCGACUACAUUGACGAUCCAGUUAUGUCGAAUUUUCGCAAGCGUAAUAGUGACCUAACAGCUCUGAGGGACGAGCUUCGAGAACGGCGCCUCAUGUUGGCAAAUCUGUCAACACAACCCAGUCUUCAACAAUCUCCAAACUCAUCUUCUACGUCUUCUCUUUCCUCUCAAACUCGUAGUCUAACAAUACAUGAGGAAGAUGAGGAGGAAGAGGAGCGUGAAGAAGCUGAGGGUAACAGUUCCAAUAGCUAUUCUCUUAACCUUUACGAUAACUAUAAGAUCUCUAAGUUCAAAUACAAACGCAACCGUCAGUACAGCCUGAACCCUGAGACUGCAUAUUUGCUCGACGAUGGCGACAGCUCUGCCCGAGAAGACGAUGACGAUGUAAUUCUCGAAGAAGAUGAAGAUGUCAAAAGUGACGAGGGAGUACUAGAUGAUGACGAGCAUCAUGAAGACGGAGUUACCACUGCUGAGAAAGACGGCUACGCUAAGAAAACUACACAGAACACAAUAAAAUGUGACGAAAACUCUUUGGAUGAGAACACAAAACAAGAUGGAUGUGGGGCUGUAGCCAACCGGCAAUCAACAAUUGAAUCUUGGGAAAACUCGAACAGUUCAACAGCUUCAUUAGAUAGUCCAACUCAAGGGGGGGCUACUACACAUCACAGAUAUUACCAUGUUUUUCGAGAAGGUGAAUUAGACGCACUUAUAAAUCAUCAUGUGGCAAGUCUGCAUAUUGUGUCAUCUUAUUAUGAACGAGCCAGCUGGUGUGUAGUGGCGGAAAAAGUUCAGGUCUGGACCAUUUGAGUGAUGGUAUCAUAAGUAAAAAUGUAGACUUAACUAUUACAUUUAAUUAAACAUACAGAAUCAUAAAA